GCGGGGCUCUGGGGCGGGGUUCCAUGGCGGCGUCGGGCUCGUGCGGCGGCGGCGGCGGCGGCGGCGGACGGGCGCGCUUCUUGGCUGUCACCCCGAGGGCAACAUGAAUGAGGCUGAGGGCCUGCGGCAGCGCCGGCCUCUCCGACCGCAGGUGGUCACCGAGGAUACCACGGCUCAGGAAAGCAAGGACGGCAGUACUUACAGCAAUAAAGUGUUCCGUAUGACUUUCAUGAUUCUGGCGCUAUUGCUAAUUAUUCCCUUAAUUGGAGCAAUAGUUCUUCUGGAUUCGCCAAUAGACCCUCAGCCAAUAAGCUUCAAAGAACCUCCUCCCUUCACUGGCACAUUAGAGCCAAACUUUAAGCUCCGACAAGCAGAAAGACUGUUUGAAAACCAGCUUGUUGGACCAGAAUCCAUUGCAAAUAUUGGUGAUGUUCUGUUCACUGGUACUUCUGAUGGAAGAAUUGUGAAGAUUGAAGAUGGGCACAUUCAAACUAUAGCUCGACUUGGUCAUGGUCCCUGCGGAACUGGUGGGGAUGAACUAACAUGUGGUAGACCUCUUGGAAUCCGUGUGGGACCAAAGAAAAGCCUUUUUGUGGCAGAUGCCUAUUACGGAAUCUUCGAAAUUUUUCCUUCCUCAGGAGAAGUGCAACGACUUGUGUCUUCCAAGGUUCCUAUUGAGGGGAAGAACUUGUCUUUUGUGAAUGAUCUUGCAGUGACUCGAGAUGGAAGGAAAAUUUAUUUUACGGACUCUAGCAGUAAAUGGCACAGAAAAGACUUUUGCUACUUAAUCAUGGAGGCUACAGAUGAUGGGCGCUUGUUUGAGUAUGACACAGUGACAAAAGAAGUGAAAGUUUUGAUGGAGGGCCUCAGAUUUCCAAAUGGAGUCCAGUUGUCUCCUGCUGAAGACUUUGUAUUAGUUGCUGAAACAACUAUGGCAAGAAUACGCAGAUAUUAUGUAUCUGGCCUAAUGAAAGGUGGAGAAGAUAUGUUUGUUGAAAAUAUGCCUGGCUUUCCAGACAAUAUACGUUCAAGUAGCUCUGGAGGUUAUUGGGUGGCUAUGUCAGCUAUUCGGGCCAAUCCUGGGUUCUCCAUGCUGGAUUUCUUAUCUGAUAAACCAUGGAUUAAAAGGAUAAUAUUUAAGCUGUUCAGCCAAGAAACGGUAAUGAAGUUUGUGCCCAAGUACAGCCUUGUGGUAGAGCUAAGCGAAACUGGAUCCUACAGAAGAAGUUUCCAUGAUCCUGAUGGAAUGGUGGCAACAUACAUAAGUGAAGCACAUGAGCACAAUGGACAUCUCUACUUGGGCUCCUUCCGAUCUCCCUUUAUUUGCAGACUGGAUCUUAAGGAUGUCUAACUCUGAGCCAAAAGAAAUUCCACUGCUGCGUCAUAUUGGUCUGGAAGAGGAAGAUUACUCACAGAUUUUGCUAUGGGUGAAGAGUGAAAGCACAGUACUAUUUAACAGGGUACUAAGUGGGACCGUGUCUUAUUUUCAUGUAUGCCAUUUGAAAACCAGUGGACACAAUCCACCAUGGUUUCAUGUAUCUCUCAGUCAGGUCAAUGAGCUGAGUGUAGAAAUUUGUGGUAGAUCGUGUCCAUUUUGUGACAUCUUUAAGUGAGGUGAAAAUAAAAUUACCUCAUUAAAGAAAAUUCCUUAUAUUAAUCUAAUGAUCUUUAGAAUCAGCUUCCACUAAACUGUUGAGCACAGGUAUACCUGGUCAACUUCCAUACUUCAAAAUAUACUGGAAAUCAGUCCCUGAAUUCGAAGCUGCUAGUCUUAGAUGGUCAUGCAUGCAAUUGUUUCCAAUUUGAGCAUGAAUUUCCAAACAUGCAUGUUGUAAUAUCCUGCAGCGCUUUUAUAUACAUAUAUAUAUAUUAAUGAACUUGACAGGUACAUGUCCAUCUCUUUUCAGCGCUGCUAUUUGCACGAUAAGUUUAGAAACAUAAGAUCGCUCCUUUGUGAGACUUUCUAAGAUAAAAUAGAUGCAGGUAACUUUGAGAAGUAGAGAUUGCCAUUUGAAGAAAUGGGGACAUUCCUGUGCUUCCUACAAUUUUCUCAAUGAUUGAAUAACUUGCUGUGACACAUUAAGACUCAAAGACAGUGUGGGAAACGGACCUUGAAAUGGUAAGACUGAUGGGUAUAAAGUAUCAUACUGUUCUAUAGGAUUUGACCAGAAGCUGCAUUCAUACAGCAUUAAAUAUGUAUGUAUGUAUGAAAUUACUUUUCCAAGCACAUAAGGGGUAAGUCCUGUUUAAAGUAUAUUUUCUCCUACAGCGUUGACACAACAUUAAGUGCUUUUAUUGUAAUAUGGAGAGCUCAGGGUAUUUCAAGAUGAAAGGAUUUAAAAAAGGUUUAAAUGCAUGAGAUUUUAAUAAAUGAGUAAAAAUCUCAGAUUUGUUGACUUGCAGCUGGGUGGCAUUUAAAGGAUCGAAACAAACAGUGCAAAGUGUUGUUACAGUUUGCCAAUGAAAACAAAAUUAAAUGACUACUUCACCUUA